GACCAGGCAUGCAUGAGCUAUAUAAGCCGGCCGUGGAACCGAGUCAGGCACAAUCCCUCGCCAACCACUCACACCAUGGCUGCUCGUGUUACUCCUUGGCUCUGUCUUGCUUUCGCCGGCCUGGUGCUUGCAGGAGUAGUGAAGGGCGCUAACCUCCGAACUGGGACAUGCGAGUACAACGGCGUUACAUACUGGGGAGGCGCGACCAUCGAGUCUCUGCCGGAGCAAUGCACUGAGCUCAAGUGCAAGUGGUCCGCCGACGGGAACCCGACGGUGCAGCUGAUGCCCAUCGACGGCUGUAGCUGCAUCGCCGCCAGGGCUCUCCCGGGCGAGCAGGAGGCGGAGGACCUCGAGCUCCUCCUCCACGCCCAGACCCGCCAGACCAAGAGCCAGUGUCUGUUCAACGGCCAGCUCAAGUGGGGCGGCGCCGUCCUCGACCGGAUCGACGAGAACUGCGUCAAGCUCGUCUGCAAGAGUGUGGACGGUGCGCAGAAUUAUCCUGAGCUGCAGACAACGUCGGGUUGCACCUGCACACAGCAAACAUCUACGACUACUUCAACUACAACCACACCUACUACAACCACUUCAACAACUACACCAACUACGACCACUUCAACCACGUCAACCACAACCACUUCAACAACUACACCAACUACGACCACUUCAACCACGUCAACCACAACCACUUCAACAACUACACCAACUACGACCACUUCAACCACGUCAACCACACCAACUACAACCACUUCAACAACUACACCAACUACGACCACUUCAACCACGUCAACCACAACCACACCAACUACAACCACUUCAACAACUACACCAACUACGACCACUUCAACCACGUCAACAACCACACCAACUACGACCACUUCAACCACAACCACACCAACUACAACCACUUCAACAACUACACCAACUACGACCACUUCAACAACCACACCAACUACAUCAACGUCAACAACAACCACACCAACUACAACCACUUCAACAACUACAACCACUUCAACCACGUCAACUACAACUACACCCACUACCACCACACCAACCACAACCACUUCCACUACAUCUAGUACAUCUUCGACACCACAAACAACAAAAAUGGCCACACCUCCGACAACCACACCAACUACAACAUCUACUACCACAACUACAACCACACCAACUACAUCAACAACUACAUCCACACCAACUACAACAACUACAACCACACCAACUACAUCAACAACUACAACCACACCAACUACAUCAACAACUACAACCGCACCAACUACAUCAACAACUACAACCACACCAACUACAUCAACAACUACAACCACACCAACUACAUCAACAACUACAACCACACCAACUACAUCAACAACUACAACCGCACCAACUACAUCAACAACUACAACCACACCAACUACAUCAACAACUACAUCCACACCAACUACAUCAACAACUACAUCCACACCAACUACAUCAACAACUACAACCGCACCAACUACAUCAACAACUACAACCACACCAACUACAUCAACAACUACAUCCACACCAACUACAUCAACAACUACAUCCACACCAACUACAUCAACAACUACAACCACACCAACUACAUCAACAACUACAUCCACACCAACUACAUCAACUACAACAACGGCCCCUACAACCACAACCUCUGCAACUACAACAGUCCCUACUACCACAUCAACUGCAACUACAACCACAGAAGAAGCCACCGUUAAGGCCUGUCAGGAGGAGACGACGACCGAAGCCCCCACAACCACAGUGUCUGUUACUGACACCACUGAAGCCUGUGUCGGCACCGUGUAAUACCCGCGGCCAAGAUGGUGAAGCCUCUGUAUACUAAAUUUAAUAAUGUUCUUAGAGGUAAUGGGAGAGGAGACCCAUUUUU